UAGUUCGUGACUCUUCCUUUCUGUCGAGCUCUUCGCCCGGUGCGGUUGUCUUGGUUUAGUUUAUCCACUAGUUUUGGAUUUUCGAUUCGGUUUACCGGUCCUAUUGCAUUUAUUAGAACUUAAACUCUAGAACAAUGGGUAAGGAAAAGAUUCAUAUUAACAUCGUCGUGAUUGGUCACGUCGAUUCUGGCAAGUCCACCACCACCGGACAUUUGAUCUACAAAUGCGGCGGUAUCGACAAGCGUACCAUCGAGAAGUUCGAAAAGGAGGCCCAAGAAAUGGGCAAGGGCUCCUUCAAAUACGCCUGGGUUUUGGACAAACUGAAGGCCGAACGUGAACGUGGUAUCACCAUCGAUAUUGCUUUGUGGAAGUUCGAGUCCAACAAAUACUAUGUCACCAUCAUCGAUGCCCCCGGUCACAGGGAUUUCAUCAAGAACAUGAUCACUGGAACAUCCCAAGCUGAUUGCGCCGUCUUGAUCGUUGCUGCUGGUACUGGUGAAUUCGAAGCUGGUAUUUCCAAGAACGGACAAACCCGUGAACAUGCUCUUCUCGCCUUCACCCUUGGUGUCAAGCAACUCGUUGUUGGUGUCAACAAGAUGGACUCCACUGAGCCCUCUUACAGCGAGGCUCGUUUCGAAGAAAUCAAGAAGGAAGUCUCCUCUUACAUCAAGAAGAUCGGUUACAACCCAGCUGCUGUCGCUUUCGUCCCAAUCUCCGGAUGGCACGGCGACAACAUGUUGGAAGCUUCCUCCAACAUGCCAUGGUUCAAGGGAUGGGCUGUUGAACGCAAGGAAGGCAAGGCUGACGGCAAGACCCUUCUUGACGCUUUGGAUGCCAUCCUCCCACCAUCUCGCCCAACUGAGAAACCUCUUCGUCUUCCACUUCAGGAUGUCUACAAAAUUGGCGGUAUUGGAACAGUACCAGUCGGUCGUGUCGAAACUGGUGUUUUGAAACCAGGUAUGGUUGUUGUUUUCGCUCCAGCCAACAUCACCACUGAAGUUAAGUCCGUGGAGAUGCAUCACGAAGCCCUCCAAGAGGCCGUUCCCGGAGACAACGUUGGUUUCAACGUUAAGAACGUUUCCGUCAAGGAAUUGCGUCGUGGUUACGUCGCCGGUGACUCCAAGGCCAGCCCACCCAAGGGUGCUGCUGACUUCACCGCUCAAGUUAUUGUCUUGAACCACCCUGGACAAAUCUCCAACGGUUACACCCCGGUGCUCGAUUGCCACACUGCCCACAUCGCCUGCAAGUUCGCCGAAAUCAAAGAGAAGGUCGACCGUCGUACUGGCAAGUCCACCGAGGACAACCCCAAGUCUAUCAAAUCUGGUGAUGCCGCCAUCGUCAACUUGGUACCAUCCAAGCCCAUGUGCGUUGAGUCCUUCCAAGAAUUCCCUCCACUUGGACGUUUCGCUGUCCGUGACAUGAGGCAAACCGUCGCCGUCGGCGUCAUCAAGGCUGUCAACUUCAAAGACCCCAGCUCUGGCAAAGUCACAAAAGCUGCUGAGAAGGCCCAAAAGAAGAAGUAGUGGGAUUCCAUUAUUUCACAUAAAACUCUACAAAUUUUAUAAUUCACCAUUCUUUUUUCCACAGUCUAUUCCAGGAUUUAAAUAUUUUAUUUAAUGACAUAAGGAUACAAUACUUAUUUUUGACUUUUGCCAAUAAAACAGAUUUGUAAACAAUAA